UAUAUUCGAUUUAGGAGAAACUGUCAGUGUAUUAACAUGCCGGAACCCUCCGUCAAAGCGCCCAAGAAGGGCUCCAAGAAAGCCGUCUCUAAGGCUGUCAGCAAGACCGGCAAGAAGAAGAGAAAGACCAGGAAGGAGAGCUACGCCAUCUACGUGUACAAGGUGCUGAAGCAGGUCCACCCCGACACCGGCAUCUCCUCCAAGGCUAUGGGCAUCAUGAACUCGUUUGUGAGCGACAUCUUUGAGCGAAUCGCCGGUGAGUCCUCCCGUCUGGCUCAUUACAACAAGCGCUCCACCAUCACUUCCAGGGAGAUCCAGACCGCCGUGAGGCUGCUGCUGCCUGGGGAGCUGGCCAAGCACGCCGUGUCUGAGGGCACCAAGGCCGUCACCAAGUACACCAGCUCCAAGUAAACAUCCCGCUGCUGUAAUUCUCUAAACCAACGGCUCUUUUAAGAGCCACUCACUUCAUCUAAAGAGGUCUUCCUGUUAUCACCGAUACACUAUCAAUGUUAAACACUAAAGAAAGUGACUGA